GGGUCUGGGGAACGGGUGGCAGGUGCCAUGUCAGGCCGCAAAAGCGGCAAGAAGCAGCCCCUAAAGCAGCCCAAUAAGCAAGCCAAGGAGAUGGCUGAGGAAGAUAAGGCAUUCGGGCAGAAGCAGAAGGAGGAGCAGAAGAAACUUGAGGAGCUAAAAGCAAAGGCCUCGAGGAAAGAACCCCUGGCCACCACUGGAACUAAGAAAUCUAGCAAAAAGUAA